AUGUAUCGUUUUCCACUUUUUGAGAUUGUGGGUAUUACAUGCACUGAGCAAACUUUCAAUGUUGCGUUUGUUUACAUGUCAAAGGAGGCAGAAGAUAAUUACAGAUGGGCACUGAGUAGGUUAAGAACACUUAUGGAUGAGGAUUCUAUGCCUGGGGUAAUUGUCACUGAUCGGGAAUUAGCACUUAUGAAAGCCACUGAAAAUGCCUUUCCCGAUACUCAUCAGAUUUUAUCUUUUGAAUCAAAAUACUUUGCAUUUCCUGAGGAGAUAAAUUAUUUGAAGACCAAUUGGUUGAACAAGUAUAAGGAAAUGUUCAUUGCAGCAUGGACAAACAACUACAUGCAUCUUGGUGCAACGACUUCGAAUCGGGCCGAGAGUGCACAUGCAAAGCUCAAGCGAGAACUUAGAUCUUCCCAACUUGACUUCAAUGUAUCAUGGGAGCACAUCCACUCAUUAUUGUGUUUGCAUCAUACUGAAGUUAAGGCUUCAUUUGAAAAAAGUCGAUGUUUUGUGCAACAUGAGUUCAAGCAUGUAAACUUGAGAGAGUUGAUAGGAUUUGUGUCCAUUGCGGCAUUGAACAAGAUCGUCUAUGAAGCGAACAAGGAGCCAGCUGAAAAGAGAAAGACCAAAGGGCGUCCAAGUAAGGAAGACAGUAGCACUCGUCGUUUGCCAUAUGGGUUUGAAAUUAUAAAUACAUUGUUGUCUGAGCGUGAGACCCAUUCGCCUCUUCCAAGUGUUCAAAAAGUCUCACGUAAGUCAAAUACGAAGACAAGUAAUGACCACUCAGAGAAAAGUAAGGCAGAUAAGCUGGCUCAGAAGGAUAUGAGGUUUGAGCUAACUCAGAAGUAUACAGCACAGUUCAUAUUUGGCAUGCGGCCAUAUAUUAUCGGUUCGAUGGAUGUCGAAAAUGAUGGUAAUUGUGGUUUUAGAGUUGUGGCAUCGGCUUUGGGAUUUGGUAGAAAACAUUGGCGUAAAAUGCGAAUUGAUUUGCUAAAUGAGCUAAAAGGCACGCUUGAGCUUUAUGAAGCUCUUUAUGGAGGACAAAGUUCUGUGGACAAACUUUGUAAACGAAUUAACCAUUCUGCAUCCAAUAUUGCACCUAAACGGAAAUGGAUGGAUCUACCAGACAUGGGGCAUUUGAUUGCAACUUGUUAUGGAGUAGUGGUUGUCAACUUGUCAGAUGGUCAGUGCUUCACAUUUCUCCCAUUAUGUGAAUACAGCGAGGGAAAACCAAUGGAAGUAAAUUUACGUGAGAUUGUCCUUGGAUUUGUGAACAGCGAUCACUUUGUUCAGAUAUGUUUAUUGCCUGGGCACCCAUUGCCACCGAUCACACCAAAUUGGAUUUACCAUGCAGAUGAUAAAGCUAAAAGUUUGUACUUGAAAUAUCAAGACCGUUUCCAGCAAUAUGAUCAAUUGCCACAUCCUGAAAGAGUGACUAAUAUAUCCUCAGAAACAGUGCAACUUGACGAUGACAAUGAACUUACUGAUGAAAUUGUUCAACUUGGUGAUGCCACACUACCCCAAUAA